GUAAUCGCGGGAGAAGGAGUGUGUAAACAACAAGAUAAAAAAAAAGGCGAACCAAGCACAGCAAUUCUUUCAUAAAUAUACUUUUUAAAGAGUAAUACUGUGCAACUAUAAUAAUUAUGGACACAGCGGAAUCGGUAUCAAAGGGAUGUUUUGCUUAUAAAGGAAAAAAGAGAAUAACAAAACCAAGUGAUUAUUUCCCAGUUAAAGAUAAUACAGGAAAACAAAGGCAUGAAGUUUAUCAAGAAAUGUGGGAAUGUGUUGACACAGAAAUUCAGAUUAUGCAAUCCAAUCUAAAUAGUAAUAUAUUUGAAGAGUUGCUGAGUUUUGUAGAAAAUAGCCAUACACAAGGAACAACAAUUAGAAAUACAUCAGUUAAAGAAAUUCCAACUGCAGCCCUAAUAACAGGUGUAAAUACUCCAGAUCAUGCUGUUAUGUUUUCUAAUAUGGUUUCUUUAAUGAAAGAAAGAGUAACACCUUUGAUUACAACUCUAAGAUCUAAAGAUUGUCCUGCUUUGAAAAAUAUGUUGACUAAAGCCAUAUCACAACUUACUUCAAAUCCUGAUUUAGGAUUAGAUGAUGAAGAUGAUGAGAUAAUACAGACAGUGGUUAACAAAAAGAAUCUACUAUGUAAUAUGUCUACCUUAGUUAACUGGUAUAAAGAUAAAUAUAUUAAUCAAAAACCAUCAUCUCCGAAAAAACGGAGAUCGAAGAGUGGAUUGGCCGAAGAUAUAGAUUAUCAUCCACCAUUAGUUAUAGUAUUAGAAGAUAUGGAAAGUUUUUCACCUCAUAUAUUACAAGAUUUUAUUACAAUCUGCAGUAAUUAUAUAGAAGAACUUCCAUUAGUACUUGUAUUUGGUAUUGCUACAUCUGUAUCUGCUGUACAUAGAUUACUACCUAACUCGGCAUCAUCUUUAUUAUGUAUGGAUAAAUUCCAAGCUCCUCCCUCUUCUGACUAUCUCACACAAGUUAUAAAUAAAGUUUUGUUUACUUCAACACAUCCAUUUAAACUUGGGCCAAAAGUCUUUCAUCUUCUUCUAGAUUUAUUUUUAUACCAUGAUUUUUCUGUUAUUAAUUUUGUUAAAGGACUUCAGUUUUGUAUGUUAGAUCACUAUUAUAGUAAUUCAUUAGCUCAUCUAUGUUGUCAAGAGACAGAUGUAACUGCUACAGUUAAGAAAUUACAUGAAUCGGAUCUAGAUAAACUUAGACAAAUACCAACAUUUAAUAGAUAUAUGAAUGAAUGUUCAUCAGAAGAAAAGACAAAACUUAUACAAGACAGUAAAUUUACAAAGUUAAGAGUGACAGAACUAUUACAACAACUACAUGAUUAUCAUAAAGCUUUCUUCCCUGUAUUAAAUCUUCUACAUACAUUAUCUUGUAAAUUACCUAAACAUCCAUUAGGUAAACAGUUACGAGAACUGUAUUCAAUCUGUAUAGAAUGCACUUUGGUUGAAAGUGACGUAUACAAAGAAGCUUGUGAUUUAUUAAGAUUAUUAUCUAAAGAAGAGUUAAUUGGUCUCAUUAGAGAGGGUAUAUCUUUAUUAACUGAAGAAAUAUUACCACAUGAAUUAGAUAUGUUACCAGCACAAUUAGAAAGUAUACUAACUAGGUUUAAUGAUUUAGAUGCUGAAACAGAACACAUACCUGAAGAAGAUGCCGAAGAAGAAUCAAAGGAUGCUGUGGCAUUACCUAAAAAAACAGAUCUACAUAAUUUGCGGAAGACAUUACAAGAACUGGAGAAAAAGAAAAAGAGAUUAUCACCUUACGCAAAAUUGCGGGAAGAAUCAGUAAAUGAACUAGAUCAUAUAUUCAGGAAAUAUCUGAAAUGUCCUACAUCUAUACCACUAUAUGAGUUAUUAUAUUAUAAUUCUGUAUCUGUCAUCAAACAUCAUAUAAAUGCUUCACCUAGAGCAGCUAUACAAAGAGCUCUUAGUUGUCCACAUCAUUACUUACAGUGUGAAUGUUGUAAAGGAGAUGUUGGAUCUAUUUUAUCUACCAUGCCUGAUGUUUGCAUAGUUUAUAAAUUACAUUUAGAAUGUGGUCAACUCAUUAACUUAUAUGACUGGCUACAAGCAUUUGUAACCGUGGUUACAUCCGAAGAUGAAGAAAAUGAAACCAACACAAAAAAACCUGAUCAAGUUUUACAGUAUCCUUGUUUGGUAUAAAAAAUAUCUGAAAGGGUAAAAUGAUAUAAAUGGGUAUUGUUAUAUACUUGGGAGUCAGUGAAUAAGAGGUCCUGUGUUCAAUUCCUGUGUUUGCUGAGAAAGUUCACCAGGAUUUUCCGGUGUGGUUCCUGCUUGUCAGUGGUGCGGGACAGAGGGCCUGGCAAGGGACAACGUAUAGUUGUUUGUGUACACAUUGACAGGCACGUAAAAUAUCCCUUGGCAGUUGGAACUGUAUGGCGUAUGGGAUCUUCAUUUGCCCCAUCGUAGCAGAACAGUAGGAUGUUAAACCACAUUUCAUUUUGAUAUGUACAUUCAUUUCAUUCAUUUUUUUUCCUUAACCUUA